CGCUUUCGCUCAUUUGCAAGUCAUCUUAUGAUAUUGUCUAUAAAAAGACUAAGCAAAACAACUAAAAAGAAAACAAAAAUUUUCUAGAGAGAGAAAAACAUGGUGAACCUAGUGGCAGCACAGAGGCCAUUACUUCACGGCCUAAUGAAGAUGGCGGGCGUGAGUCCCCACACGGUGGAGAUCGAGCCCGGCACGGUCAUGAACUUCUGGGUCCCAAACGAGACCAUCACAAAGCCCAAGAAAGGAGAAGAAAAGCAAAAGCCCAAGCCCACUAAAAAGCCCGCCAAGCCUGUGGUGGUUCUGGUGCACGGGUUCGCCGCCGAGGGCAUUGUGACGUGGCAGUUCCAGGUCGGAGCGCUGACAAAAAAGUACUCGGUGUACGUCCCGGACCUCCUCUUCUUCGGCGGCUCGACGACCGACAAACCCGGAAGGUCGCCGGAAUUUCAGGCGGAGUGUUUGGCGGCGGGAUUGAGGAAGCUGGGGGUGGAGAAGUGUAUUCUUGUCGGGUUCAGCUAUGGUGGGAUGGUGGGGUUCAAGAUGGCCCAGCUGUACCCGGAGCUGGUCCGAGCCUUGGUGGUGUCUGGCUCGAUACUCGCCAUGACUUGCUCCGUCAGCGAGACGACGAUGGAGAGGCUCGGGUUCGCUUCUUCUUCGGAGCUUUUGCUUCCGAAUUCCGUGAAGGGUCUCAAGGCACUUCUCUCUGUUGCUGUCUAUAAGAAGCUUUGGUUCCCAGAUCGCCUUCACAAGGACUAUCUCGAGGUUAUGUUCACCAACAGGAAGGAGAGAAGCGAACUUCUUGAAGCUUUGGUCGUCGACAAUGAGAAAGACCCAACCAUCCCCAAUUUCCCACAGAGAAUACACCUCUUGUGGGGUGAGAAUGAUGAGCUUUUCAAGCAAGAACUUGCUCAAAACAUGAAAGAGCAACUAGGAGAUAACACAACGUUUCAAGGCAUAAAGAAGGCAGGUCACUUAGUUCACUUGGAGAGGCCUUGUGUUUACAAUAGAUGUCUCAAGCAAUUCUUUGCUUCUCUCCAUGAAGAUUGAGCCCCAAAAUGAGAUAAUUUAUGUUCUAUAAUUAUAUAGUUUUCUACUCCUCAGCGCUUGCUAGUUUUCGG